AUUGAUAUGCUAAAUGAACUCGUGACUAGAUAACUAUAUGACCAUAUAUAUAUAGUUCUAUACGAUGAAAGACGUCAUUUUCGCAUCAAGAAGAUCAUUACAGCUAUUAAUCUCAUACGUAAAUUCAUUUUUAUGGUAAUAUCUAUUAUGUAAUAUAUAUAUAAGCAUUAUUAUGAAUUGCCAAUUGAAUUAUGGGUCCUGGGUUCGAAUCCCGAAAGGGGCGAGGUCGUGGAUGCGCACUGCUGAGGAGUUCCAUAAUAGAACGAACCGGCCGUCCAGUGCUUUCAGGUUUUUCAUGGUGUUCUAGCUUCAACUGACUCAUGAUCUUAACCAUUGAAUUAUAUUCAUUUAAUAUGAUAGCCUAAGUUUAUGAAUGAUAAUAUGGUUCAUCUAAGACAAAAAAAAGAAAUACAGCGAACUUCUUGAAUAUCUAGACUACUUAUUCCUGUCAACGUUCGCGCGCGAAUUCCGCGAUUGGAAUCGUGGAUGAGCGGUGUUAAAAAGUCCCAUACUAAAACGAAACUACUGUCUAAUACUUUCAGAUUUUCUCAAAUAUUCACAUUGUAUUUCUACAUAGUUAUUUAUUAUUUGAACUACCAUUAGAAUAUUAUAAACCCUAGUUAAUAUUAGAUAUUAUAGUCAAAAUAAAUACAUCAAAAUAGCGUGUUUCCAUCCAUUUUCCCAUUCAUUCUAUCUAUUUAUAUAAGCUUGUGAUGUUAACAAUAGAAACUGCGUAUGGAAUGUUGAUUAAUAAACAUUGAAUUCAUCAGAAAUCUCUGAAUUCAUAGUUCUUAGGCUUAAUUCACUAGAGAGUUGAAUUCUAAGAAUUUUUUAUUAUUUUUCUUUAGUAUAAGAGUUUGUAUACAUUGAUGGAUGUAUUAAUGUUUGUAAGCAACUACUUAAAGUCAAGAAGUACUCCACCUGGAGUCCCUCUGGGGCUACUACCGUUCCGAAGCCCGAAUAAAGUAGGAGGUUUGAGCAUGGGGUUAGCUACCCCACCAAGUAGAAAACUAACUCGCUAAAAAAACGCUAACCAGAAAACAUAAUUCAAACUUCACAAUGAUUCUAUCCUAUUCACAGACGCAUCAGCAGUGGUGAUCAAACCUCAUACUUUCAGCUUUAGCCUAAUUUCUAGAUUCCUAAGCCGGAAUUGAAUGAUUUACAACCAUACUUUCUUACUUACUUACGCUCGUUACUCCCAAUGGAGGAGCAUUCUCCAAACCACUCUCUACUAGGCUUUCCUUUCCAGUUCUAUCAAAUUUUUGUUUAUUUUUUUCCAUGUUUGUCUCGAUUUCUCGACGUAUUGUGUUCUUUGGUCUUCCUUUUCUCCUUUGGCCUUGAGGAUUUCAAGUGAGGGCUUACCGUGUGACGGGAUUAGCUACUUUCCUUAAUGUGUAUACUAUCUACUUCCAGUGCUUCUCCCUGAUUUCUUCCUCCACUGGAACCUGGUUUGUUCUCUCCCAUAGUAGGUUGUUGCUGAUAAUGUCUAGCCAACAAAUCAGAAAUAUUUUACGCAGACAGCUAUUAAUAAACAUUCUUAUCUUCUCAAUGAUGGCGUUCGUAGUUCUCCAAGUUUCCGCCUCACACAGUAGAACUGACUUGACUUUUAUAUUGUAAACUCUGGCUUUGGUUUUGGCUGGCAGACUGUUAUUUUGAGUUCCAGCGGUUCUUCAGUUGUAAAUACUCUGCUCUUGCUUUGCCAAUCGGCGUCAUGUACAACCAUAACUUCCAUCCAAUCCAUGAUAUUGCUCAGUCAAAUUCUGUCACCAGUAAGUAAUCGCUUCAUACUCCUGUAGGAAUGAGCUAAUUACAGUUGACUUAUCACUCACUAGUGAACGAUUUCAUGGUUGUCUAAUCCAUAAUUCCGUUGAAUUUUUCACAUAAAGUUUCAAUCCAGUCAUUACUCUAAGUAACUCAACAUUACGUGCACUAUCUUCAAAGCGUAAAUGAUUGAAAGUGGUCAAAGUGGUUCCGUAUUACAUAUCCUUUUUGAAAUAAUUUGAAUUUAUCAAGAAUAAGUGGCUGUAGUAUUGUUGGAAACUCAGCCUGGAGCCCCUAUGAGGCUGACACCGGUCCCAAGCCCGGAUAAAAGAGAAGGAUUGGACAUGGGGUUAAUGAUUCCAUCCCGUAGAAACCUAACUCAGUAAAAAAUAUCGUUAACCAGAAAAAUAAUAUUGUUGGAACUAUUAUUUCAUGUUGAAUUCAAACUAUUUUGUACUUCACAAUCUUAAACGAUUGAUUGUCUUUAUGUUAAAUGAUUUAAAAGAGAUAACAGUAAACCCUGUCUAUACCUAGAUAUAAACGUACAGUUAUAUACUCAAAGAUAUUAGUUCUUUGACUAGACUUUGAAAAACCGCUUGAAUCACUGAUAGUUAUGUUUAUAUAGACAAGAAGAACACCAAGAUGUGUUUUGUAUGUUUCUAUUUGGAAGCUAUGACUUGUUACGUCAGUUAUUUCAUAUUUAUAUUAGACAUAUACAAAAAAGGUUUGAAGGUAAAAAUGGAUAAUAAUUGAAUAUUGAAUUGAAUAUAAAACAAAUCAAUAAUAACAGAAAGUGUUAUUGUGGAUAUGAUAGUCAUUUCAAUCAAUAAGAUCAUGAGCCAAUUCAAGAUGAAUCAUUAUGGAAAACCAGGAUGAACUAGACAACUGUUUCAUCAAAUUGUAGGAAUCCUCAGCAGUGUACAUCCAACAUACCACAUUCCUGGUUUAUCAUGGUGGUCUAGCUUUAAUCGGUUCAUGAUCUCAACUAUUGAAAUAAAUAAUGAAUUAUUCUGUUAAUAACAAUCAUGUUUUAAUUUUCUAUAUUUUGAACUUUGAAUUGAUUGAUUAAAACAUUUAUUGAAAAUCUUGAUAAGCAAUGAUGGAUGGUGGGGGGUAGUAGAGGAAUUGAGAAAGCGCGUUUUGUCUUAUCUGGUACUUGUCAACUGGAUAUAACUACAUUCCUGAGUUGAUAUUCACUUUGGAGACUCAAAUAGAUUACUGUCCACUUGAAACGACAUUACGUUAUCCACCUAACUAGUGAGUCAUGAUGACCACCUGUUUGUGCAAUCAAGUGAAUUUUAACUUCACUUGGUAUAAUUUGAUUGUAUCUUCCCAUUGUUAUUUAGGAAUACAUUUGAUCAGUCACUUAUUGGCAUAUGUGCAUUUUGUGAGCGUUGCCUUGAUAUCAUGUUAAGUUACAAACUUUAUAAGCAUAGAUGCAUAGUGGAUAGCAGCAGUGGAAUACAGGAUGCGCAUCUGGUUUGAAAUGGAUGGUAGUUGGUUCAAGUGCUAGAGUGAACAUCAACUGUGAGAUGCAGGUACAUCUAGUUGACUAGUCACAAAUAGCACAAAGUUGCGCGCAUCCUGGAUUGAACUGCUACCCACUAUCCAUCUUUGCAUGGAAUGCAUGUGAAUUAAGGAAAUAUCGAGACAGUCUGCACAGGAUGUACAUAUGCCAACAAGAGACUGAUCAAUUGCAGUGUUAUACAUUAAUGGGAAUAUUCAAGUAAAUAAUAUGAAGUGAAUUCCAACUUCACUCCAUUGCACAAGCAAUUGGCUAUCAGAACUCAGUAGGUGAUUCGAUAACUUGAUAGCAUUUGAAUUUGAUGAUACUGGUGUUGGAGAUGUUGAAUGAACAUCAACUUUGAGAUGUAGGUACAUGCAGAUGAUGAUUCCAAAAUAAGACGAAAUGCUCGUCCUGAAUUCCACUACUAGUCAUUCUUCAUCACUGCCUAAGAAGCUUGUGGAAAACGCGAUGGCGUUUGAAGCAAACAGUGCUUGGUUCGAGACCUAUAAUGAACAUCAACUCUGUGAUCCAAGUACAUCCAACUGACGAGUCCCAAAUAAUACGAAACUCACGUUUUGGAUUCCAUUUCUAGUCGCCAUCCAUCUUUGCCUAAUCUAAUAUCAAUUCAAUCUUAUAUUUUUCUGAAUGAUAUAAAUAGAAUAUAUUGCAUAGAUAAGAAUAAUCAAUUCUAUUUAGGUUAACUUAAAUGAUUCAUAUAAACUGUAUGGUAUAAUCUAAUAGAAAUUCCAAACUUUUUUUCUUUCUAAAGACUAUUUAUAACAACAUACUAAACAUUCACUUCUAUAAUAUUUCUCUAUUAAAUAAUGAUCAGUUAUGACGUCCUUGUAUUGGUCAUAAUUAUCAUUUAAUAGAAUGUUCAUUAAGAUUUUAAGUUUUAUACUUUUGUUAGUGUUAACUUAUUUUUUCUUUAUGAUUGGCACUAUGAACCGAUUGAUUUUAGACCACCGAUAGAAACUUGGAAGUACUGAACGGCCAUUUCAUUCUAUUGUCGGACUCCUUAAUAGUGAGUAUACACGAUCUCACUCUCGAGAUUUCAAUCCAAGACCUUCAGUCUUGUUUGCGAGGGCCUAAUCUAGUGGACCACUGAGCCGGCAUUCGAUGGUGUUAAUGUCUAAUAUCAAACAAUCCACGAAAUUGCGUGACCAUCGUCCAUUGUUCUGUAGUAGAUACCUAUCUCUACCCGACACAGUCUAGCUUCACUGAUCACGGCUUCUCACUAGAAGUUCGAAAAUUUACUCACGAAGCUAGUCACUAGUGAGCACACAUGUUAAUCAUUGAUAUAGGGGAUGUGGAGACUAUUAAGUUUUUGAUUAGGAUCAUGAACCGAAACGGCCGUCCAGUGCAUCCAGGUUUCCAAUGGUGGUCUAACACCAUUGCCUUCCUUGAUCUCAAUCAGAAACUUAAUAAUCUCCAUAACCCCUAUACUGAUGAUAUUUUUCCGUAGUUUUGAUGACUCUUCAGCACUGUAAAUCCAUGAUCCUGUACGCGGAAUUCAAACACAGAAUCUCGGGUCUUGCAUGCGAACGCUUAAUCUCUAGAUUACCGAACUUGUCAGCAUCUAAUAGUGUUAAUCUCUAACUUUAAUCAAUACAUGAAUUUACGACACCAUCCAUCAUUAUCUUUAAUAUGUUACUGUCUCACUACAGAGUUAGCUGAACUGCUACAGUCUUGAGAUGGUGGAGAUUUGUAGCUCAAUUGGAUGAUUUUAGAUAGAGCUCAGAGAACAAAAAUCCAUCAAAAACUGCUACAAUCUUCACAAAACUACCGUUUCUGAUUAUUUUGUUAAUUAUAUUUCAGAAUCCCGCCUGAAAUCUUCUUAGAAUUACUGUUAUUCGGAAGUUAGAAUAAAGUAUAUGCUUUUGUUAUGUAAUCAGUAACUCUAUCCUAUAAGUGCAGAAACAAUCUAUAUCUUAAAAAACAGCACCGAAAUUGAGUGCAAGUUAAAAUUGUUUACCCUUUAAACUAGUGUUUAUCACUUGAAUUCAUAAAAACCAUAGUAGUAGUGAAUAACUAUUUUAUUCCUAUAUCAUUAUAGUUAGUUACAUCACAUCCGGAAUUCAGUUAACAAUCGGGACUGAGUACUUAGUGACUGACGAUAAGCUAAUUACUGUUGAGUAUUGAGUGGAAUUUCCUGAAUCGUUCAUAAUUGUAUUUAGAUAAUUAUGUGAUAUUCUUUGACAUUAGUUUGAAAUCAAAGUCUCUUUUCCUGCUAAACUAAUCACGUUAUCCAUUUAGCUACUGAGUCCUGUUAGCCACUUCCUUGUGCGAUGGGGUAAAAUUUAAAUUCACUAAGUGUUUUUGAUUUAGAUCUUGAACCGAUUGAUGUUAGACUACCAUUGAAAACCUGGAAGCAGUGGAGGACAGUUUCGUCCUAUUGUGGGACUCAUCAGCACUGCGCAUCCUCAAUCCCGGGGCCUUCAGUCUCGCACGUGAACGCUUAACUUACUAGACCAUUGAUCUGACCAGCAUCCAGUGGUGUUAAUAUCGAACCUCAACUAGUCCACAAAAUUGCGUGACUAUCGUCCAUUGUUCUGAAGUAGAUACCUGUCUCUACCCGACAUGGAUUAGCUCCACUGAUCACGGCUCCUCACUAGACGUUCGAGAAUUCCCUCACGAAGCUAGUCACUAGUCAUUACAUAAUAGAACUAAUGAAAUCAAUCAGUAACCAUCUACUCAAUACAGAUUACAUGAUACUAUAUCGUUUAAUUGUUAUUAUUCUAUAUACAAUCUCAUCACAGAUGGGUUAUUUCUAUAUCUAUCCAAACAAUAAUGAAGGUAUUCAACUAAUUCAAGUACUUUAUCUAUUCAAGUUCUUCACAUGUGUUACAAUGACAUUAAAUGUAAUCUACUUUAUAACUUCAAUACCAUUACAAUACUUUAAUCUUGGUCAUGUUCGUGGUUAUCAAUUCUUGGUUGUAUUCUCAUUUAAUUCGACAAUGACGCUUUUCUAUUGGAGUGCAUUUCUUUAUGAUCCCAAAAUGAUUUAUGAAAUUGAUGAAUUAAAAAAUAUGCCAUUAUGGUAUAAUCAUUUAUGUCAUUUACUUCCACCAAUCACUUUGGUAAUCGAUGCUUACUUAUGUCAUCCGAAAAUAGUUUCAUUCUAUAAUGCAUUAAAGAUUGAAUGUUUCAUUGGAAUCAUCUAUAAUAUCUUCAUAGAAACUGGAAUACUUUUAUGGGAUAAAUCACCAUAUCCACAAUUUCUUAAAUAUAAUCUACUAUUUAGAUAUUUCAAUUAUACAAUCACUUGGUCUAUAUCAAUUGGAUUUAUAUUACUUGGUGAAAAAUUUGUUCAUUAUUUACAUAAAAAUAUAAAAAAGAAUAAAAAAGAAACAAAUUCACAUGAUGAUAUAAAAGAAAAAAUUGAAAAUAAAGAAAAAAUAGAGAAAAAAAGAGAUGAAAGAAAUACCAAAGUUGAAUAAAUCAUCAAUACCCCCAUUAUCACCAUCCCCCCCCAUCAUCAUCACAACUACCACCACCACCACUAUCAACAACAGCAACAACAACAACAUUAAAAAAGAAAAGAAAAGAAAGAAAAGUAAUCUUGUUUAUUUCUUAUUUUUCUUUUUUCUUUCUACUAUAUAUAGAUAUAUGUAUAUCAUUAAUAUUUGCAUUAAGAAUAAUAGAGUUAUCAUGAAUUGUCAAUGAAAAUGAUUAUAGAAAUAUUUAAAAGGACUAUUUACCGUUUGAAAAACUUUAACUCUACAAUUGUAUACAUCAUUUCAAUGUGACUGUCUUCUUUUUUCUUCUUUCAUUGAGGCUAGGAAUUAAAAAUAUAUUUUGUUUUGUAUGAA